AUGGUUCUCGAAGCGGUACGAAAUGGUGAUGGAACGGCGACACAGCCGAUGCUUCGCAGUUCGUCAAACAAUAGCGGAGGACCCGUUCUUGUGCGGCCAACUUCGCUGCAACCUCCGGAACGGGAGCCGGUGAAUUUCCAAAUCAAUCUCAUAGGUGCUCCGCCCGAAGUGGAACAGCUCAUCGAACAUAUAAAAUCCGUCGCUGAACAGUUUCUGUACCAUUGGAAAACAUUUCCUAUCAAUUUACCUACUCCACUUUCGGUGACACCUGGCGGUGGUGUUGGUAAUGGAGGAACAGCUGUCGUUGCUGCAACCGGCCAAAAUGCAACAUCUCUAACAGUUCCCGGUAGCGGUGGUGGAAGCAAUGUCAAUCUGAACAACGCCGUCGGCAACCGAAAGACUCGUCCUAUCAAUCUGCGCGAUUUGUUCAUUGCACCUCCAUUUGACGAGCUUGACGCUGUCGCCGCGGAUGGCAGUGGAGAGCCACGGUUGCUUACCAACGCCCAGUUGCGAUCAUUACGUGAACGUGGCUUGCAAAAGGACAAAUUUGGAAAACCGAAGAAAUUGAAUUGCGAACAAUUGGAAACGAUACAGUGUACUGGUGAAUUUGAAGUACCUAGUCUGAACUUCCCAGGCCAGGUACACCGCUGGCAACUAUCGCAAUUCCUGCAAAAGGGCUCCGAACGAACGAGGGACUCGCUGCUUAGCGAUUUAGCGUUAUCUGCACGCUUUAUUGUUAUCACUGCCAAGGGACGACUGACUGGUCAUUUCUUCUCCGUUGUCCAUGCCAUCCGUGCACUGCUACACGGAUUGAUCAAAUUGGUAGACAUGGUUGUCGGCGUUCCCUCGUUGCUAGCGCAUAAUUUAGAUAAUAAAAUUAAAGAAGAGCGUUGUCGGUUUCUGGUAGCGGAACUAGUUUGUAGAAGUGAGUAUGAAGACUGUCUAGAUUCGCUGCGCAGCUACGUGCGCCAACAGCUUCGCCGGGCAACCAUGGAAAAAUUCGACGUUAACUGCAACCAAGCGCAACCGAUCCCCUAUCUGUACCUGACGCCCAACGGUCAGGACAUCGAUCUACGCUUGUUUUCGAAGGACACGAUGCGUCGCGCUCUGCCGAUAUUGGUCGGUAUCCUGGAGAAGGAAACACGCGGCUGGUUUUUGCACUUCCGCGAGCGGCUUAUUGCCGAGCUGCGUGAGCGUAAGAUGUCGGAUGCCGAAAUCGAGGAAGAAGUGAACGAAGCGGUCAUGAAAGAGUAUCUGCAACGCGUCUACACGUCCAUCCUGUCUAAUCCGGAGCUGACCGAGUUGGGCGAAGGAAUACCACAACUGCUUGUGCAGCAAGCCCAAUCCGUGGUCAUUAUGCACAAGGCGGCAGAUAAAAUACAAAAGGAGCUGAAAAAGUCUCGUGAAGAAAUGGAGAAGACGCUGCAGGAGCAACAUCCUGUGCUGUCGCGUGUCUUUCCAUGGUUACGCGCGAAACUCAAUGCCGGUGAGCAGGCGAAAUUGUCGAAAAUCACCUGGGGUGCACAUGAAGAAGCGUUGCGCGCCGCGCAAAGACACAAUUUGCAUCAAACCGUUUACUUUCUCAACCGAGAUUUGGCUUUCAUGAAAGAGCGUGAACCGGUUCUGCUGAAGGAGUUGAAAAAUGCCAAAGCACCAACACGAAACUUCCAGUGGGCGUGCCGCAUCUGGUCACCGAAAUCGUGGAUCAUUCGCCGCAGUUUUCAGGGACACUCGGAAGUGAUACCGACCGUGAUCUGUCAGCAGGCCACCUCCAUCGUUACGCCGCGGUCGGAUCCCAGCCAACCGGUGUUUCUCGUCGAAAAGGAGCUGAUCCGGUCAACGAGCACCCGAUGGCCCAUGUGGAGGCUGUUGAAUCUCUUCCAGCGCACUUGGACCUGGACAUGGAACAUAAUGUUUCUGCUCGGCGUUAUAGUGCCGUGGUGUAGCCCGUUAGGUUUGCGUGCAUUAUUUUGCAAGAAACCGUUCAUGGCGGACCUCGAACUAUCGCAGGUUAAUGGGACACUAUUUCCACGUAAAACCAGCAUCACGCAGACUAUGAUUUCGCGUCUUAUGGAACUGUGGCGGCACAUUUCGAAAGCACGAACACAUUUCGAAACCGAACCGGACACGGGUUUUAUCGGCAAGGGGAUGACGCGCCACUUGAACCGGCUGUAUAAUUAUUUCAUAAAGGGUUUCCUCGGUACGCUUGCGAUAUUGGUGUUGUUUCCGCUGCUCUGCUUCACGGUGAGCGCGUUUAGCAUGGCACUGGCCAUCACCGCACCGCUUUGGAUGCCCUUCAUUACCGUUACGCUGCAUCUGUAUAUGAUGCUGGUCUAUGAUUUGGAUUGUCCAGACGAGAGCCGGCGCAAUCGAUACUGCAUAUUUCUCGAGGCCGUUGGCUGGAACAUCGGUGUGCAAGGAUUGCUGCAACCGCUGGCAGCCGUGCUGGUUGCGUCCGUCGUAUGCCCGUUAAUAGCCGUGUUAGUGUUCUUUGUCGGCAUUGUUCGAUAUUGGGUAAGGCUGUUUUGGGACGCGGCCACCUUUCAUUUGUUCAUCAAAAAGUGCGGUCGCGUGCCGGCGAGCGACAGCUUUGCUGUUCGUCGUAUAGCUGGUCCUGGGUUGGCACUAGAUUAUUACUUUUCAAUCAAACCGGAACAAGCACUAGCCGCAUUUGAAGCCAAGAUGGAGCUCGACGAGUUGCAGGCGUUCCAGCAUUCGAUGGAGACGAUUAUCUGCCAACCACAGAAGGACUUUAGUCAGUUUGUGGAAGCUUGCUUUGGACCGUUCUCGGCACAGCUAUCGAAAAGUGUUGGUCCGUACCGUCAGCUAGAGCGCGAGGGUCAAGACCUGAUGACGUCGUUGCACGAAAAACUCGAAAAGCGUCGUCGGGAUCUGCAGACAGGGCUCACGACGGCGGUUAAAUCGCGUAUCAAGCUGAACACAAUGGAGCUGAAGAUCGUCAUCCAGCAAUCGGCGUACAUGCUAGAGAAAUUCUACCCUUCGCAUGUUAUAGCACGCCUGUCGAUCGGCGAGGAGGAGUUUUGGGAUGCCAAGGGUCUUUCGGUGGGAGAUUGGGCUGGCCUGGCCGGCAUGUUGUACGCAGACAUUUUCAGUUUGGAUUUCUUGACACCUCUCACCGAUACGGACACUCAGUUCAAGCUGGAACCGCACGCGCAGCUAGAUCUAAACCGGUACAACGAAAUGGUGCAAAACACGAGUGACAUCAUGGGCAUCAAUGGACCGGAUUUGCUAGGAAAUGUGUAUGCGCCCCGUGGCAAUAUUCAGGUACACUCGCCGUACCUGGAGGUGUCCGCAUUCAAUCCUCGCUCGCGUGUCAUGAUAAACUCACGCCGAGCAGAAAAACGCAAUGAUACGUCCUCCUCCGGAUUGACAACGCCACGCGUGCGAGCACGUCGUUCGCCAAUGCCAUCGCCGAAGCAAAAAACCCAGAGCUGGAAGCCCUGGAAGCGGAAACAGCAACCGAAGCAUGCGGCAGAUAAAAUGCUCAUUCCGCUGCCAAUUCCGCACCCGGUACACAUUGCCAUAUCAAUCUACAACCGCGAUUCGGAUCAACCGAUUCCGGUCGAGUCAGAUCUGUGCUGGGAAAUUCUACGUUCCAUCGAAGAAUGCCAGGGAGAUCAAGAGGCGAUCGUGCGUUUCCGAGAGCUUGGCGAUCGCAUUGAUGGUGGACAUCACCAUCAUCACCAUCUCCACCAUCAUUCCCACCCGAAUCGUUCGGUGGGAAUCAGUGUGGAUGGAUUGGCGGCUAUAGAUAGCAGCAUCGAUUCGCUCGACUCGCAGAACUCAUCCAACUCUGGCACAAAGGACAGCAUGGACAUGAUGGCGGGCGCAACGGAAACGCUACCGUGCACGAACCGCGAGGUAACAAUCAUCAUGCCUACGACCGUACUCGGAGUGGAUGACGACGAUGAUGAUGUCGUUGGCGCUGAUGGUCGAGGACGAACAGAUACUGGCGGUGAUAUAACGCAACUCGGUACCACUAAUACGACCGUCGUGAUGAUGCCCUCGACAAACGGAUCUGGCAGCGUAACGACGACGACGGUCGCUAAUGUCGGUGGAGGCACCGGAGGAGCAUCGACGCCGUCAUCUGCCACCACCGGACCGACGCAUUUCCACUGGACGUUGCGGAACUGGGGCGGAGGAAAUGGACAGACGGGGGCGCAAGGAAAUCGCCGACGAAAUACCAGCUACACGUUCAGCAGCGCCACCACGACUAGCGGUGGCGGAGGAGCUGGCCAGCUCAACAGCGGUAGCGGCAAUAAUUCGGCCAACGAUAGCCAGCUGGAUCAAAUUCGCGUUGACUUAGCUAGCCCCGAGGACAUUUCGCUUGAUACGGACAGCUCCCGGGCGAUGUUUACCGCUGCGUAUGGUACAUCCGUUUGA